AUGGAUUUAGAAGACCUUUACCACAAAUAUCGUAUUCGAUUAAAACAAUCACUUUUUACAACAUUUGCUUCUAUUGGAUUUACUGUAUGCACCAUCACUUUAACCGUGUUAAUCUUAUUUUAUAACGCCGAAUCAGUGAUAAGACCUCCGUUUUUGUCAGUAUCGGUCGCGUGGCUGACGUUUGCCUGCACAUUCUGCCUCACACAGGCUGCUCCGACAGCAUUGAACUCUAGGCCCGCUGCGGCCGCGUUGUCUGCUGCCACUGUGGCCGCGUCUGCAACUGCUGUGCUAUCUACCAGCGGGGUCAUGCACGCCGCCUACGCGUUAGUACCUGUUUUGGUCGCUACGCACUCRAUGGUACCUACGCACGUGGCCGUGGCGUCUUUUGCCACAGCCACCAUGGUGGCCGUGCAUAUCAUAUCUUCACUCGCCGAARUCGARUGGGCACCAAAUGCGCAGCACAUCAAACAGAUGAUCGCUGAAAUAAUACUACUAUUCUCAGCUAGUUCCACUGGUUGGUAUUAUAAGUUUAUGACACACAAAGCCAACAGAAUAAUGUUUUCGGGAACUAGAACAUGUAUUGAAUCCAGAAUUAAGCUGGAGUGUGAAAAAGAACAGCAAGAACAACUACUGCUUAGCGUCAUACCAGCGUACAUUGCGGCUGAGGUAAAGAGAAGUAUAAUGCUUAAAAUGGCUGAUGCAUGUCAAGACGACGUAGCAAAUAAACAAACAAGAUUUCACGAGAUGUAUGUGCAACGCCAUAAUAAUGUUAGCAUUUUGUAUGCUGAUAUAGUAAAUUUCACUCCAUUAUCUGAACAACUAUCAGCGUCUGAUCUUGUGAAAACUUUAAAUGAACUAUUUGGACGCUUUGAUCAAAUAGCUCAAGAUAACCAGUGCAUGCGGAUAAAAAUCUUAGGUGACUGUUACUACUGUGUUUCUGGACUUCCCGUAUCUAGACCAAAUCAUGCCUACAACUGUGUCAAAAUGGGAUUGCAGAUGAUAGAAGCGAUAAGAUUUGUCAGAGAAGCUGCUGGAUUCAACGUAGACAUGCGGAUCGGUAUUCACACCGGAAAUGUGUUGUGUGGCGURCUGGGUUUGAGGAAAUGGCAAUUCGAUGUGUGGAGUGAUGAUGUGACAUUAGCCAACCACAUGGAGUCGGGCGGCGUACCCGGUCGUGUGCAUGUCACUAGAGCUACUAUGGAACAAUUAAAUGGUAGAUUUUCCGUUGAACCAGGCAAUGGUGGUACCAGAGAAGGUUACUUGGCAGAYCACAAGGUAGAAACAUUCCUUAUAGUACAUCCUUCAGAAAAAAACGUAAGUAACCUUUUCAGAUCACGAUUAAUAUCGUUAACAAUGUUGGGAGCUCAAUGCGCUUCGUUCGUUGCGUUAUUUGUUUUCGCAUACGCCAGUUGGGUUUCAGAAUACGAUUGCGGCGCUCAAGAAAAUGUUUCCGUUGGUUCGUCUAGAUGGCUUCGGAUGACUAUAUUUCUAUUAAGUUCAACGUUGGUAGGAACAUGUGCUAUUAUUACCUUGCAAGAUUUCAUGGACAUAAAUUUUAACGAAAGUUUUAGAUUAAAUAAUACAAUUGAGUUWUACUUAAACACCACAAAAAUAUUGGACUCGACAGAAAACCAAAUACAUUGGUAUUCUUUCUCAGGGGUUUCUGCGUUUUUAUGUAGUACUAUCCUCACAUUGUCGUUGAUAUCAGCAUUUCUUCGAAUUGGUAUAACCCUGAAACUUUUCAUUAUGGUUAUCUGUGGAUCAAUUCAUUUGUCUAUAUACCAAACAUUACCUUUAUUUCAAUAUCAUUUUAAAAACUUUAGUGAUAAUGAAAUACCAUGGCAAUUAAAAAUGUGGACUCCAGUUAUAAUUUUAGUCAUUAUAUUUCACAUGUUAGACAGAAAAAAUGAAUUAUCUGCACGAACAGAUUUCUUAUGGAGAGCUAAAUUAAAGGUUGAACAAGAAGAAGUGGAAACCAUGAGAGGUAUCAACAAAAUUUUAUUGGAAAAUAUUUUACCGGCUCAUGUUGCAGAACACUUUCUUCAAGAACAAGCUUUACAAGACUUAUAUCAUGAACGUUACGGUUGCAUAGCAGUAAUGUUUGCGUCAAUUCCUAACUAUAAAGAAUUUUAUGAUGAAAACGAUGUCAAUAAACAAGGACUGGAAUGUUUACGAUUGUUAAAUGAAAUCAUCUGUGAUUUUGAUAAACUACUUUUAAAACCUAAAUUUAGUUCAAUUGAGAAAAUUAAAACUAUUGGCAGUACUUACAUGUUGGCUUCUGGCCUUAGGCCUGGAAAAGAAGAUAACACAUCCAAAACUGCAGUGGAUAGACAGCAGGAGCACAACGUGGUGAUUCUGGUUGAAUUUGGCAUCGCAUUGAUGGCCAUUUUAGAACAAAUAAAUCGAGAGUCUUUUCAGCGGUUUAAACUGAGGAUAGGAUUAAACCAUGGUCCAGUCAUCGCUGGUGUGGUGGGUGCACAAAAACCACAGUAUGACAUCUGGGGCAAUACCGUGAACGUUGCUUCUCGGAUGGACAGUUGYGGGAUUAUGGGCAAAAUUCAG